AUGUUUGAGACAUUUUUCCAACAGGUGGACACUUAAAUUUAAAAAUUGUUGGAUAUGAAUAACAAAUUAACCAAUAAGGAAUAUUUAUCAUUUAAAUAACAAUUAACAUAUCUUCAAUAGUUCCAUUAAGGUGAAAAUCCAAACAAAUAUAGUAAAAAAAAUUAAAAGUAUUUUUUAGGUACUUUAUUAGAAUUAUAUAAUCAAAUUUUGAAAGUUAUGGAAAAUGUUGUCAAGCAGAAUGAUCAAAAAGAGACCAAACAUAUAGAAUAAGGAAGUGAAAUUUAUUAAACAUAGAAAAAGACAGAGAAUACAGAGGCAACAAAUCAAGAUUAGGAAAUUAUUUAGAGCUAAAUUAUUUUUGAAAAGUGUAAAAAACUAUAUUAUAUAGGUAAACAAUUAACCUAUGAGGGGAAGCAUUAAGAUGCAUUAAAAUUAUUUGAUAAAGCUCUGAUGAAAGAUCCCAAUAAUCAAGAAAUAUAAAUAUGGAAAGGUAUCUAUCAUUGUUUAUUUUGAUAGGAUAAGCCUUAACUUAUUUAGAAAGAUUUUAAGAAGCUAACCAAUCUUAUGAUGAAGCCAUUCAAUCAAAUUAAUAGAAUUUUUUAAUAUUGAAUAAUAAAGGUAAUUCUAAUUAAAAGUCAAUAUUAAUAGGAACUGUUUUAAAUGAUUUAUAAAGAUAUGAAGAAGCUAUUUAGUGCUAUGAUGAAGCCAUUUAGCUGAAUCCUAAUAAAAGUUCUGUAUUCGGCAAUAAAGGUAUAUGUAAUGCUUACAUUUUUUAAAUAGGAUAAGCAUUAGCAAAUUUAAAAAGAUAUGAAGAAUCUAUUUAAUGUUAUGAUAAAUCUAUUUAAUUAGGUUUAAGUGAUAUAGCAUUCAACAAUAAAGGUGUGAAUAAUUAAUCUUAAAUUUUAGGCACCUCAUUAAUGAGUUUGAAUAGUUUUUAAGAAGCCAUCAAGUGUUUUGAUGAAGCUAUUUCAUUAUUCAGCUUACAUCAAUAAGGGUAAAGGCUAUUGUUAUCAUUUUCUUAAUAGGAUUAGCAUUAGCUAAACUCAAAAGAUAUGAUGAAGCUCUCCAAAAUAUUGAAAAAGCAAUCCAACUAAAUAUGACAAAUUUUUUGGCAUUUGAGAACAAAGGUUUGUUAAAAUAAUAAAUAAUUUUAUUAGGGGGUUUAUUACAAUAAUUGGAAAGAUUCGAAGAAGCUAUCAAAAGUUUUGAUAAAGCCAUCUUAUUAAAUUCAAAGAGCGAUUAAUCAUUUACAUAAAAAGGUAUUUGUUUAUCAACUAUAUUUCAGGAAUAGCAUUAAAUAGUUUAAAAAGAUUUUCAGAAGCUAUAGAAUGUUUUGAUAAAUCCAUUCAACUCAAUCCAAAGAUUGAUUAAGCAUUACUUUACAAAGGUAUUUUAUGUCAUGAGAAUCAUUUUAGGAUAAGCACUAUGUAACCUUUAAAGAUAUUAAGAGGCUUUAAAAUGCUAUGAUUUAUACGUUUAAUUGAAUCCAAUUGAUGAAUCUGUCAUAAUCUUAAAAGGCAUCUUUAUUUAUCAGAUUAUUUAAUAGCUCAUACAUUAGAGAAAUUAUAAAAAUACGAGAAAGCAAUUUCAUGUUAUGAUAAAGGAAUUUAAUUAAAUUCAAAUAAUUUUGAAAUGUAUCAGGCUAAAGGUAAGUAUAUAUUUAAAUAUAAUU